UGAACGUCCUCGUCGAUGAGGAGGAGGAAUCAUCAUCAUCAUCAUCGUGUGUGUGUGUGUGUGUGUAACGUUACAUGUGAACCAAACCAGGGUCACCUUUCCUGUUUCUACCAUUUUAGACUCUUUCCGAAGAAAUCAGUUUCAUUUCUCAGAGUGGAUUUAGUAACAGUCGGUGUUUGUCGGCUCGUGUUUCCACUUCACCCGCCGACCGACCGACCGACAGACACAUCCAGCGACAGAUGACAGUGACAGGCGCGGUGUCGGUAGCUGCUCAUUGAUAAGAGAUAAACUGGGUGAAGGCGGCUGUCAGGCGCAGAUAAUAACGGACAAUAACGGACAAUAACGGACAAUAACGGUCGAAACUGGACAAUGUAGCGGGACGAAGCUCCACAACAGCUCGGCUGCGGCACUACCAUGCGUCUCCGAGAGGACUUAUUACUCCACAAGAAACACCUCGACACCAUCUAUCAGAGAGUCUGACUGAGGGGGAAACACACCUAUUGGUCAUUUAACUAGUAUCUAGUCACUAACAACAGGGACGAUGCGGCUUUUAACUCGCAUGUCGAGGUGCACACACGGAGUGCAUUUGUCCAAACUCAAGCUAACACAGCCGAGGAUGUUGUGGCUGGAGCACCGCCUGACCCCCUCCGCUGCCCCCCGGAGGAAGAGGCAGUCCACCGGGGUCAAUCUACCGGUCCACCCUACACCUGCCUUCCCUCUCUCCUCACCCAGGCCCUUCGUGUCUGUCCUGUCCUUCAGUCCGCUCAGAGGUCUCUCUACCCUCGGUCCACACUCACGGAAGCUCACACACACACCUGUUGCCUUUGCGAGCUCUUCAGCCGCCUCUACACCUUCACCAGCCGGGUCAGUGGACCCCCAGACGGACCCGGACAGAGGCCAGAAACCGACCACGGUCCCCCUGGAGGAUGUUAAAAGGAUUUUGAAGCUGGCUCACCCGGAGAGAUGGAGUCUGGCAGCUGCUUUAGGCUUCCUCACUGUCUCCAGCGCAGUAACUAUGUCAGCUCCAUUUCUCCUGGGUAAAGUGAUUGACACCAUUUACACCACUGGAACAGACACAGAGACAAUGACCGCCUCCCUGACAUCGCUAUGCAUCAUGCUGACGGGAGUGUUCCUGUGUGGUGGGGCGGCCAAUGCUGCCAGGGUCUACCUUAUGCAGACCUCAGGCCAAAAGAUUGUUCGUAAUCUCCGUGCCUCCCUCUUCUCCUCCAUCCUCAGACAGGAAGUGGGGUUUUUUGAUAGGAGUAGGACUGGCGAGCUUAUCAACCGCCUCUCUGCUGACACGGCCGUGGUGGGCCGCUCGAUCACUGACAACCUGUCAGACGGGCUGAGAGCUGUCGCCCAGGCCGCUGCUGGCGUCAGUAUGAUGUUCUACAUCUCCCCGAGUCUUGCAAGCUUUGUGUUGCUGAUUGUUCCACCUAUGGCUGGUCUUGCUGUCAUCUAUGGCAGAUUCCUUCGCUCCAUCUCCAAACGCACACAGGAUGCACUGGCACAAGCUACACAGUUGGCAGAGGAGCGUAUCAGCAACAUUCGGACAGUGAGGGCUUUUGGUAAAGAGCUGUCAGAGGUCAACACAUACACACAGAAGAUAGACCAGGUCUUCACUCUGGCCAAGAAGGAGGCUGUAAUAGGAGCUGGCUUCUUUGGAGUGACUGGUCUUAGCGGUAACAUCAUGAUCCUGUCCGUGCUCUACAAAGGAGGCCUUCUGAUGGCCAGCCAGCACAUGACUGUGGGAGAGCUCUCGUCCUUCCUCAUGUACACCUUCUGGGUGGGCAUCGGUAUUGCAGGUCUGAGUUCAUUCUACUCUGAGCUGAUGAAGGGUUUUGGUGCAGGAACCAGACUGUGGCAGCUGCUGGACAGAAAGCCUGAGUUUCCACUAAAUGAAGGCUUGGCGCUUCCUCCAGACCAGCUGAAGGGUCAGCUGGAGUUCUGCGAUGUCUCCUUUGCCUACCCGGCCCGUAAGGAGGCUCCUAUCUUCCAGAACCUCAAUCUGCUGGUCCCAGCUGGUAGCAUCAUGGCUGUGGUGGGAUCCAGUGGGUCUGGAAAGUCAACCCUGGUCUCACUGCUGCUCAGGCUGUAUGACCCGGAUAAUGGUAUUAUCUAUAUAGAUGGUCAUGACAUCAGAGAUCUGAAUCCCUAUUGGCUCAGGAGCCACAUUGGAACUGUCAGCCAGGAGCCCGUGCUGUUUUCUUGCUCUAUAAGAGAUAAUAUAGCGUACGGUGCAGUGGACCCUGACGCUGUGACCACAGACGACAUCUACAGGGCAGCCAAAGUGUCCAACGCCUAUAAUUUCAUCCAGGCUUUUCCUAAGGGCUUUGACACUGUAGUGGGGGAGAAAGGAGUGCUGUUGUCAGGUGGUCAGAAGCAGAGGAUAGCCAUAGCCAGAGCACUGCUCAAGAAUCCUAAGAUCCUGCUUUUAGACGAGGCUACCAGUGCAUUGGAUGCUGAGAAUGAGUUCCUGGUCCAGGAAGCCUUGGAGCGUUUGAUGGAAGGAAGGACAGUCGUGAUCAUCGCUCACCGUCUGUCCACCAUUCAGAAUGCGAAUGCUGUCGCUGUACUGGACCAGCGGUGCGUAGCCGAGUGUGGCCAGCACAGAGAGCUGCUAGGCAACAGGCAUGGACUGUUCAGAAAACUGAUGGAGAAACAGUCGUUUCUGCAAGAACAGAAACAAGCACUUCGCUGAGAGGACAGGGAGUACAGGCGAGUGGAUGGGGAAGAGGGAGAAAUCAGGAGGUGAGGUCAGUGGCUUUGCUCCAGAUAGGAGACCUGAUGAAGACAGACACUCCUCACACAGGAAGCUCAUAGACAACAUUAUAUUUAUCAGUCUCUGAAUUUGGUGCAAAUGACAAACUUUUCUCUGCUACGGGACACUGUAGUCUGUUAUUACUAUAUGAUUUUCACAACCCAACCAAAAACAGUCCAGUAUGAUGUAUACAAAAAUACUAAAUAUGUAUUUGUUUAUUAAUUUGUGUCUAUUUAUUAUUGAGUUUUUAAACUUAAAGAUUGACAUGCAGAAUCUUUUACUGGAAUUUUAAAACAAGCCGAACGAAGCAGCUAUUUGUGUUGUCUGCACUGUGUUGUAAAACGGGACUGAACACUAUCCUGACAUAUGUAAAGAAGUACAUAGAUUUAUGUAAGCACAUUUGUCAUGAAACAUAUUAGUGAUUGUCCUCCAAGUCAUAGCUGAGGUGCUACACAUCUAAAAACAUAAUUUCAGUUCACUAUUUUAGUUUUUCAUGCUUUGGAUUUAAUUAACAGCCCUGAAACUGCUAAACUUUACAAUCAUUAUAUGUCAAACAAAAUAAAAGUUUUAUUUGUGAAAGUCAAUUGAAGCCUGCUAAACAGCCUCUUUUCUGGCUGAUGUUCUGCUGCUCUCGGGUAGGAAGGGUGGUCUGUGGGUCACGACCAUCACCCCUCUCUUAACAAUCAUCUCAUUGUCUAAAAUCCCUAAUUCUUUCAUAUUUUUUUUACCUUGUUGCACAGUGCCAAUCAGAAUGUAAUCUUUUAUCUUUCUUGUUUUAAUCUAUAAAUGAAAAAAACUGAAACCAACAUUAUGAACACCUGAGUGAACAUCUGUGACCGUAUACUGUUUGUCUGUGUCAUGGCUGUCCCCUCCACACUGUGUGCACUGGGAGGUGUUUACAGGAUGUGCACUUGGCCAACCUUAAACUCUUUAUAAACAGCUCUAAGACCACGUACAUCUAAGCCACAGCGCUGUUGAGGCGGCCAAAUAUAAUAUCUGGCCUGGAGAGCCUGACUGAGGGGUAAUGAUUCGCCUCAGUAAAUAUUUGGAUGGUUAAUGCCCACUUCACGGCUCACAGGGAGUCUAGACCUGAGUGUAAAGCCAGACAUGCAAAUGUACUCCGCUUGAAUCCCCCACAGACCUAAAGGGACUGUUCCUUGUUACUAGUAUUUCUUGUGACACACAACUAAACAACAUCAACAUCUGUGGAAAUCCCCCAGUUUGUCAUUGGAAAAUGAGUUAUGGAUAAUUAAUUGGGCUCCGAUCUGUGCAACGUAGCUGGGAACCAUUUUGACUGGGUGCUACUUAAAGUGCAGUUAACAGAUCAUUAGUCAACAAGGAAUCAUUUAAUUUAUGAUUAAACAGGCUUAAUAAACAACAAAUCAAAUUGUGGCUGUAUAAUGUUUGUCAUGGGUCAGACACUUGAGUUCUAAGCAAGAGUAACAAAUAUAUAUAUAUAUAUACAAAUAUUUACAAAUUAUCACAUAAUUUAAGUCUCCACAACACUGUUUAACCUCUGUUUCAUCUCAAGACUGUCACAUUAAUUAGAUCUAAUAAUUGCAAAAAAUUUACAUUAAUGCAUAUUGUGGAUAUAGCUUCUUAAUAAUAUAAUAUUUUAUAUAUAAAAAUAUAUAGCAUAAUAGAAAUUAAUCAGUCUUGAUAAUAUUUAAACGAAGGACUGUGUCAGCAUAAAUUAUACAAUAUUAGUCAUUGGUAAAUGGUCAUUUAAAUAGCUAACUAACGCUAUGUGUCUCUGGUUAAUCCCUGGUUACAGACUGUAUGAAAGCAGAAUUUGAGAUAAUCAUUACAAGAUGAUUUAUUGAGCGUUUUCAUGAUAGUUUUUUUUUCUUUAAUUAUAGAUAUGUCUGCCUACAGGUUUUUAAUUUCCGCACCACUUGUUAGUCUUCUUUUUAAAGUAAAUGAUACCUUGAACAUCGUCCCUGAACGUGACAUGUUCAGACGUUUUUUGUGGGUCCUGUGGAAGUCAGUUGGUAAUAUUACCAAACCUUGCCCAUUUAAAAUGAAACCGAAAGCUUUCAUGUUUGCAAAAUCACUUCACCACUCACUCACUAAAAUAACCACUGAAGUAGUUUGAGAGUUUGUCAGUUAAUGAUGGAUCCAACAAUCACAGAAGACUGCUGGGGGUUUAUUUUUUAACUUGUAUGUUAUGAGUUAUAAAUAAUAGGACCAAAAUGAUGUAUUCUAGAUUUUUAAUUAUUUUUGUGGUUACUAAAUUAUUAUACAUCUAUGUAAAGGUAAAUAAAGUGAGAUACUGAUUGUU